AUGUCAGUGUUAAAUAACUUUUCUGUAUCUAUAGCGAAGGGAUUACGCCGUCUUCGGCAAAACAAAGAAUUAUGUGAAAGACUACUGCCCACGCGCAGGCACGGCUCCAAAGAUGGCAAAGAUACUCGGCUUAAAAUGGACAAAUGUCUCAUUGUUUCCAAAGUUACAAGAUACGAGUACGAAAGGCGCAGCCAUGACUACAUAUCAGACAGCGAGUUGGAGACCAUACUCCGAAAGCGUGGCUCCGAUUUUGACGCCAUGCUUGCUAACCAUAAAGAACAAAAGGCAUUUGAGGAAAAAGUUGCUAAAAGACUACGUGAAUUGGGACAUCAAGUGGAAAUGGCUAGCAGGUUAACAUACAACGAUGAAUUAAUCGACUGGUGUGAUGUGGUGGUGCCUUGCGGAGGAGACGGCACCUUCCUGCUGGCGGCCUCCAGGGUCAGAGAUGCAAAUAAACCAGUUAUAGGGUUUAACAGCGCGCCGCACAAGUCUGUCGGGCGGCUGUGCCUUCCUACGUGGUGCUCGAAUGACGUAAAAGGUGCGCUUCAGGCUUUAAAAGAGGGUAGGUUCAGAUGGAUGCGGCGUUCCAGGAUACGGACCACCGUCACGUGCGAGGCGAAGCUCCUUGACACCAUCACACCCGUCGAUCUUCACACAUUGCACUUUUCUAGGUAUCCUCCCAUGUCAAAUAUACAUGAAUCUCAAGAUUCGCAAUCAAAGGACCAGGAAUUCAACAGUAGUGGAAACACCUCUUUGUCUACGAAAGUUUUGCCCUUCUUAGCUCUAAACGAGGUGUUCAUAGGCGAGAGUGUGACGUCUCGUGUUUCCCUUUUACGGCUACAAAUAGACAACGGACAAUGGACACACACGAAAAGCUCCGGUCUGUGUGUUACUACAGGCACGGGGAGUACUUCAUGGCAUUUCAGCAUAAACUGCCUAAGAACCCACUCGGUGCUGGAGUUAAUGAAAAUUCUCAACGAAGAGUUCGACGUGAAACUGGAAAGUACACUUGAACGCGCUCGAGAAGUGGCCGAGAGGUACAAUCAGAAGCUCAUGUUCGCCCCGGAGUGCGAGCAGCUGGCGUAUUCGGUGCGCGAGUACAUCACGUUCGAGGAGUGGCCGGCGCCGCGCGGCCUGCGCGUGCGCGACCGCGCCGCAUCCGUGCGCGUGCGCUCGCACUGCACCGACGCUGGAUUGGUUGUUGAUGGCAGCGUAUCUUUUCCUUUCAAUGAUGGUACCGAAGCUCUGCUGGAAAUACACCCGGAGGAUUCCCUGAUGACUGUGCAGAUGGAUGACGCGUUGCCUUACUGA